AUGAAAUUAUUGAUUUGCUCAUUGAUUCUUAGUUUCUUGCUCGAUAUUUCACUUCAAUCGUCUGCUGAUAUUGAUCAACAGCGAGAAAUUUUAUCGAAUCUAAAUCUUCGCUCGUUACCAUCUGUCUACCAACAAGCAUUCCUUGAAGCUCGAGCUGUAUCGGAAGAUCGUGCUGAUGAAGUUACAUGGUGCUGUAAAAAUGGAAAUCCAGCGAAAAUGAAAGUUAUUACCACCACUUACAUUCGUUGGGAACCCACCGGACAAACACAAGCAGUCCAUAAUGGUUAUGAUAGCUGUGGUUUUGGUGGAUGGUCGAAAUGUUCAACAUAUGGCAUCCAACAUGUACCAACUUCACAUCUUGCCUAUGGUCAUGAACUUGUUCCAGAUGUCGAAAACAGUCAAUGUCCCGAAAAUCAUCUCGUUUGCUGCAAAUCAAUGGUACCCGUGGCUGGUUUUUGCAUGAGUAUUUCUGAAUUCAAUCGUGUUGUUGCUGAAUGGGCAAAAUUACAAGCAACACAUCCGGAUGCUACACUUGCCAAUUUGAUCGUUACAAUACAAAACAAUGGUUUAUCGUCAUUAAGCGGUUAG